AUGCAAAUACAAAGAUUGUAAUUUCAAUUACAUUUCUUGUUAAUUUUUUUUACUUAUGGUUAAGAGAAUCAGUCAAUCUUUUGUAAUGACAAUUAAAUCACUUUUUACAAAUUUGCUUAAUAUCCUGCUUUUUUUAAUGAGACUACAAAAGAAUAUUAAAUAAAAGAAAGUGUUGAUUUUUUAGAAAUUAUAUAAAUAUCUGAGGUUCAAUAAUUGAAUAAUAACUACACUCUAAUUCAUAUUCAUGCAACAGGAGAUGAAAUUUUCAAAGUUUUUAACAAUCAAAAUUAAUAUUAUUUAGAAAGAUCUCAAAUAUAGUUGCAUUUUAAUUAAAAUAAUUUUCAUACAUCUAAUUUGAUAUCUUUUUAAAGCAACUUUUAAUUGCCUUUAUGCAACCAAUUCCAUUCCAUUUAUCAAAAAUAAUUCUAAUUUUUAAUUAUUUGUGAGUAGGAAAAUAUAUUUUUAAUUUAUAUUCUUGAAUUUUAGAAUUAAAAUUACACAAUUAAGACUAUUUCUUUAAAUAAAACUAAUAAUGAAUGUUAAUUAUCCAUAAAUUAAUAAAGUAAUGAAAAAUAAAUAUAUAUUUCAUUCAUUAAUUGUUUAAAUUGGAUUAUUUAUGUAAUAGAUUUUAAGGAAAUACAAGAGCUUGUAAAAUCUAAUACAAUUUUUUAAGAUUAGAUUUUAAGAACCUUUUAUAUUCGAUAUUCAGAUCCUUAUCUUAUAUUUGAUCAUCAAAUUUAUACAAUUACAAAAUAUUUAAAACUAUAUAAAAUAUAUGAAAAUUUUGAUAGAAAAAUAUUAACAUGUUCUAAGAUGCUUGAAAAUCUAAUUAUAAUUGUAGAACAAUAAAAUAAUGAAGAAAUAUUUGAUUAUAAAAAUAGUUUUCAUAUUUUGAUUACUAGAAAAGAAAAACCUAAAGAAAUCUUUGAGCUUAAUAAUAAAAUAAUACUUCAUUAUGAAAACUAUAUAGAACAUUUGGAAACAUCAACACUUUCAUAUAAACUCUAUUUAAAAAUUGAUAAGCUAAUUAUUGUUAAUUUCUAGAAUAAAUUUUUUUUUGGAUUAAAUUCCACAAAAAUCUUUUUUUUCUAAUAGAAUACUUACUCACCUUAUUUUAAUUGUAAUUAUUAUAAAAAUUAGAAUAAGUUAAGUUUUUUAACUAGUAAUCUAUAUUAUGAUAAUUAAAUUACUUUUGUUUCAAUCUUAAAGAAUAUUUCAGAUCCUUUUGAAAUAUUUCAAAAUUAUUCAUUUGUUGAAAAAUUAAUAAAGUAAGAUUUCUCAAUCACUUUUGAUAAAUAGAAGAUUCUUAAUGGAGUUAUUCCAAUUAUUACUCCUUUAAAUAAUGCAGAAUUGUAAUGCAAUAAUAAGUUAGAGAAGAUAACUUGUAUUAAUUAAUAUAUAAAAUCUACAAAUUGGUUUUUAAUUAAAAAAUUUAUGGAUGGAUCUUAUGGAAUUCUUUUUCAAUAAAGAAAAAACUUAUAUUUUAUAGAAUGCAAACAUUAAAAACUUACUUUUUUAGGAAUUUUCUAAAAUUUUUAAUAAAGUAAUAUAUUUUCUUAUUAAUACUAAAUUAUAUUGAUUUUAAAUAAUAAAACUAAAAUUUUAGCAGUUGAAGUAUCAAUUUCUCUUGAAUAUAUGAUACUAGAAUUUGAAGAAUAAAUUUUAGAUGUAUAAGUCUUUAAUUAUUAAUUGAUUGUCAUUUUAGAAUCUUGUUAGAUAUUUUCUCUAUAGUCGCCCUUAAAAAUGGUGGAAUUAAAAAUUAAAGUAAUAAAUAAUAUAUAUAUUUAUUAGAAUUUUUAGAUUUCACAAAUUAAUUGCAGAAACAUGCACUAUUUAAAUGAUUAAGUAUCAUUCCUCUAUAAUUAAAGCACUUUAAUAGUUUUUGAAAAUUUUAUUACAACAACAAUUUUACUUAAUAAUCUAUAGAUAAAUAACAUUAAUAAAAUUUAUUUAACCUAAAAUAUUUAUUUAAUAGAAGAACAAAAGCAAGAUAUUAUAACUCUAUCAAAAUAGGUCUAUUUUAAUUAUUAAUUUAUAAAAUUAUAAGAAUAUCAAAAAUUACAUUUUGAAUAUUCAUAUCCAUUAAAUUAUAUACUAAAUAGUAAUUUUUUGGUAGUUGCUGCUUAAGCAGAUGAUACUUGUGUAUUAUUAGUUUAUUCUUUGUAAACUAAAAAAUAGAAUAGUUUAAUUUAAAUUAUUGAUGUUGAUUACUUUUCUUUUCACUUUAUUGACAAUGAUCGUUUAGUUUACAUUUAUUAAAAUUAGAUUUAUCAAUAAAAUAUUGGUGAAAUAAAAUUGUAUUGUUCAACUCAGUAUUUUUUUGAGUUCAACAAAAAUCUUUAACUUCAAAUUCGAGUAGAGUUGAAAUCAAACAUUCUUUAAACAAGAAUUUAGACCUUAAACAUUUCAUUAAUAAAUUGUAUUGAAAAUUUAAUUGCUUUAAACAAAUUUAAAAUACAAUUGAAGGAAGAAGAUGCAAAUAAAAUAAUAUUAAUAGACCCUAGAAAAUAUAUCUCUGGGCCUCUUAAUAAAAUAUCAUCUUAAAAUGAUUCUAUUAUUUUACCAAUUUAAAUUAUACAUAACAUUGAUUUUGCUGAAUGCACAUUUUUUGUUAAUUCUAUUUGCAUCAAUACUUAAGAAAAUUACGUUAUAUUAAAUAUUUUAGAGAAUAAAAAAAGAAUCUAUGUAUCUUAAAUAUAAGAAAUUAGUUUUCAUAAAUAAAAUGACUUAUACUAUCUUGUUCAAUAUUAAUAAUAACCAAUUAAAAUCAAAAUUUAUAAUUUAGUUUCAGAAUUAUAAUCAUCUUUGAGCUUAUUCUACAAUUGUAAUAGCAAAAAACACAUUCAUAUUAUUGAUGAUAUCCUUAUUUUUAUUUGUAAUUAUGAAAUGACUUUGUACAUGAUAAAUCAAAAUUCAAUACAAUAUAUUGAUAAACUUGAAAUAUUGAUGUUGGACAUAUAAAUAUUAAAUGUUAAAAAUAAAAAAAAUUCAUUUGUUAUAUAUCAUUUUGAACUUAAGGCAGAAUUCCUUACUUAUAUUACAAUUUAAGAUGAUUAAAUAAUUUCAAAAAGUUUUUCAUUACUAUAAGGAAUUAGUAAUUAAAUCAUUUACUUUUAAUAUUAAAUUCAUCUUUUGGAAAUUGAAUAUAAUUUAAAUGAAAGUGAUAAUUAGAAGGUAUUAACUAAUAAUUAAUUUAGUAAAUUUAAUUAAAAUUAAUAAUCUAAUCUUCCAGUCUUUUUGGAUAUUUAUAUUUGGCUUGUUUAGAUUUUAGUUAACUACAAUUAGAAUUAAUAUCACAAUUAGGAAUAAUUAGAUAUUCAUAAGGUAUUGCUCCUUCAAGAAUAAUAACUCUUACAACAGACAUUUUAAUCUUCAUAAAAAACAAUAAUUAUCCAGUGAUGGAUUUAAUUAUAUAUAAUAUAUCAAGAAUUCAAGAAUUUAAUUUUCUUGAUUAGAUUUAUCAAAUGUCAUGUGAGAAAUUCUAAUUAUCUAUAUACAAUUAGUCUAUAGCAUUUUUAACUUUGCCUUCACAAUAAAAGCAUUAAGUUUUAAAGUUUUCAUCGUAUGAAUUAAAUAUAACUACUAUAGAUUCUUAUAGCAAUAUAACUCUAAAUUUUGA